GCCGGCAUCGCUGCGGCCCUCUCGGAGCUAUGGCCGCGCAGGUGCCCGGGCCGACGGGCCUGGCUCUCUUCCUCUCGCUGCUGCUCUUGCCGCUGCCGGGGUGGGCGUCGGUGCAGCUCCGGUCGCCGGGGGCGUCCGGGGUCGAGACGCUGCUGGAGGAGUUCCGCCGCCAGCUGCUGCAGCAGGAGCAGGAGCCCCCGGGCGGUGGAGGAGGCAACGAGCUGGCGGAGGUGGCAGCAAGCCACUGCCACGGGGGAAACGGCGGGCCGUCGGGCUUCUUCUCGGCCAGGCCCGACACCAUCAUCCGCACCAAGGACUCCAUCGCGGCGGGCGCCACCUUCCUCGACUCGCCGGGCUCGGUGGCGGGGCCCAGGCAGUGCCUGGACGCCUGCUGCGCCGAAGCCCGCUGCACCCUGGCCGUCGUGCAGCAGCCGCAGCAAUCGCCCGCCUCGCUGCGCUGCUACCUCUUCAACUGCACCUACCGCGGCCGCGCCGUCUGCCUCUUCUCCCCGCAGCGCGGCUACAGCAGCUACGGCCUGGAGCCCAGCAGCCGCCCGCCCGCCCCGGAAACUGAUGAGCCUCCUCUCAGCAAGGCAGGGAAAGACAUUAUGCUUCAGUUGCCCAUUAACUGGGUGAUUCUAGACGGCCGAGAAAGUAGAGAUGACCAUGGAAUCAUACAGUAUGAGUGGAGACUGCUUCAAGGUGCCCCUUCAGUUGAUAUGAAGGUACCACAACCUGGAACUCUGAAGCUCUCUCAACUGCAAGAAGGGAAAUACAUGCUGGAGCUGACUGUGACAGACACAGCUGGCCAAAGGAGCUCAGAUAAUGUCUCAGUGACUGUACUUCCUGUGGGUCACUCCAUGUUAGGAUGUUUUGGGGUUUGUUCGCGCUACCAGUUCCUCUGUGAUGAUGGUUGCUGCAUUGAUAUCACCUAUGCCUGUGAUGGAGAAGAGCAGUGUCUGGAUGGGUCUGAUGAAGCUUUUUGUCAGAAAUUUACUUCAGGACAAAAGACAAUAACUCACCCAGCCACUAGCUUCAUCCAGCAAAACAGCAUUGGACAAACUAACGAUGUCAACAAGGAACUUACAUUUGAAAUCACCCAGAAAACUACUGUAAGCAAUCAAGCAUCUGAUGCAGACAAGAUCAACAAAUCAUCCUCUCAGGGACCAAAGAAACAAAUUACUGGGUUAAUGCCAGAACUGUGCUUGGUGCCUCCUGCUGCUGGCCCCUGCAAUGGCCAUUUCCCUCGCUGGCAUUUUGAUGCUUUUUCUGGCACUUGCAUACAUUUCGUCUAUGGCGGCUGCAAAGGCAAUGAAAACAACUUCCUUCAAGAAUCAGACUGCCUUGCUGAAUGUGUAAAAGCUCAUGACUCUAAAACCUCAGGGAAAGACACAGAUUAUAAAAAUGAAAAUAACAUUGUGGUGUUAAAGGGCACGCCCAUCGAAAAGAGCCAUCCGGUACCAGAAGCAGGUGCUGUCCUCCCUCUGGCUCUUGGACUGGCCAUCACUGCUAUGCUGCUGCUCAUGGUAGCUUGCCGACUUCGGUUAGUGAGACAGAAACUUAAGAAAGCUCGGCCCCUGAUGUCUGAGGAAUCCGAUUACCUCAUAAAUGGGAUGUAUCUCUAAAGCAGGGUUCAGGUGACUUCCCUUUCCUGGAGCUUUCCUCAAAAAAAGUGUGCCUCUUGCAUCUUACACUUUCCUCUUUUUUU